UUUGCCAUUAUUAUUAUUAUUAUAGUAUUUUAAUAUGAGCAGAGCUGCCUGAUUCUGAUUCUGAAGCAGAACGGAUAGGAUAGGAUAGACACUACACAUCAGCUCUUAGAGAUCAGGCUUUCCGGCACAAUCAAUAUACAAAUUCAGCAGUAGCAGUGACUCAGACACACACAGAAAGAGAGAGGGAGAAAUGCUUAGAGUAUUGGCGAGAAGGGCAAGUUGUUGGGGUUCACGUAAUCCAUGGAUGCUAGCUCAGCCGAGAAGGGACUUCUGCCUUGGAUUAGGAGUCCUUCCCGACUCCAUUGACCGGACCUCCGACUCCUUCACUCGCAACUCCAAGGCCAUGGAUGAACUCAUCUCCGACCUCCAAUCCCACAUAGCCAAGGUUCUAAGUGGAGGAGGAGCAGAGGCGGUGAAGAGGAAUAGGAGUAGGAAUAAGCUUCUACCCAGAGAAAGAAUUGAUCGCCUUCUUGAUCCUGGUUCUUCAUUCCUUGAACUUUCUCAGCUUGCAGGCCAUGAAUUAUAUGAAGAAGCCUUGCCAUCUGCUGGGAUUAUUACUGGGAUAGGUCCGGUGCAUGGACGACUUUGUAUGUUUGUGGCUAAUGACCCGACUGUCAAGGGAGGCACUUACUAUCCCAUCACCGUUAAGAAACAUCUUAGGGCACAAGAGAUUGCCACUCAAUGUAAAUUACCAUGCAUAUAUCUCGUUGAUAGUGGAGGUGCUUUCCUUCCUAAGCAGGCUGAUGUCUUCCCUGACAAGGAUAAUUUUGGUAGAAUUUUCUAUAAUCAAGCUGUGAUGUCUGCUGAAGGCAUCCCCCAAAUUGCACUGGUAUUGGGUUCCUGCACAGCUGGGGGUGCCUAUAUACCUGCGAUGGCUGAUGAAAGUGUCAUGGUCAAAGGAAAUGGUACUAUUUUCCUGGCAGGACCCCCACUUGUAAAGGCUGCUACAGGAGAAGAAGUCUCUGCAGAAGAUUUGGGGGGUGCUGCUGUGCAUUGCAAGACAUCAGGAGUUUCAGAUUAUUUUGCUCAAGAUGAACUACAUGGACUUGCUCUUGGGAGAAACAUCAUUAAAAACUUGCACAUGGCUGGGAAAGAGGGACUGCUAAGUAGAUUGGAAACUGUAAACCAUGAAUUUAAAGAACCAUUAUAUGAUGUAAAGGAACUUUGUUCCAUUGCACCAACUGACCUUAAGCAGUCCUUUGAUAUACGGUCAGUUAUUGCUCGCAUUGUUGAUGGAAGCGAAUUUGACGAAUUCAAGAAAUUGUAUGGCACUACUCUUGUAACAGGAUUUGCUAGAAUUUUUGGACAGCCAGUUGGAAUAAUUGGAAACAAUGGGAUAUUAUUUAAUGAAUCUGCUCUAAAAGGGGCCCAUUUCAUUGAACUGUGCACUCAACGAAACAUUCCUUUGGUCUUCCUUCAGAACAUCACUGGAUUUAUGGUUGGCUCAAGAUCCGAGGCAAAUGGAAUAGCAAAAUCUGGAGCAAAAAUGGUUAUGGCAGUUUCAUGUGCAAAGGUUCCCAAAGUUACUAUAAUCGUUGGUGGAAGCUUUGGUGCUGGAAAUUAUGCAAUGUGUGGCCGUGCUUAUAGUCCGAACUUCAUGUUCCUUUGGCCAAAUGCCAAAAUAUCUGUGAUGGGUGGUGCCCAGGCUGCUGGUGUGCUAGCUCAAAUAGAAAAAGGCAACAAGAAAAAGCAAGGGAUUCAGUGGAACAAGGAAGAAGAGGAAAGAUUCAAGGCAAAGGUUGUGGAGGCAUAUGAGAAAGAAGGAAGUUCUUAUUACUCCACAGCAAGGCUCUGGGAUGAUGGCAUUAUUGAUCCAGCUGACACAAGAAAAAUCAUAGGUCUCUGCAUCUCUGCUUCCAUGAAUCGUCCUGCAGAAGAUACCAAAUAUGGUGUAUUUAGAAUGUGAUGGAAUGUCAUUUUGUAUCAAGGAAAGCACUGGCAUCCUAGUGUCUGAUGCACAUCCUGAUGCAUUAUUUUGAUAUCUUGUAUGCUUUUCUGUAAAGUAAACAGGAGGAAGCAUACUUUCCUCUCAUUGAAACGGUUAGUUUUGCAGCCAGUCAGCUCCUUUUUUAUGAUUGAUGCUAAAGGUAUACAAAAUUUACUUCAUAAA